CUUAGACAGGGAAUCUUUUACGGGAGCAGGUAGCUGAAAAGAGGAAUUGUGCGAAAGAGAAGUAAUGAUGGCUUCAGUGUUUUAAGUUCCGUUGAUAACAGGGAAGUGGUGGCGAUGCCUCAUUCUGCCCUGUGUCAAUCCAGGGCCAGUUCUCUCGGAGCUAAAGGAGAUCAUGGCUUUUGCCAACUCUGAGAUGGAUGAAGCCUUUGACUACUUGUUCAAGAUCAUCCUGAUCGGAGACUCGAACGUGGGGAAGACAUGCGUGGUCCAUCGCUUCAAGGCAGGGCAAUACCAUGCAAAGCAGCAGAACACAAUUGGGGUGGACUUCACAGUGCGAUCACUGGACAUCGACGGCAAGAAGGUGAAGAUACAGGUGUGGGAUACUGCAGGCCAAGAACGCUUCCGGACAAUAACCCAAAGUUAUUACCGCAGUGCCAAUGGUGCUAUACUUGCCUAUGAUAUGACCAGGAAAUCUACUUUUGAGUCUAUUCCUCAUUGGAUUCAUGAGAUUGAAAGAUAUGGUGCAGCUAACUUGGUCUUGAUGCUGAUUGGGAACAAGUCGGACGAAGCGGAGAAACGGCAAGUCCUGUUUGAAGAUGCCUGCACGCUAGCAGAGAAGCAUGGUCUUCUGGCUGUCCUGGAGACGUCAGCCAAAGAGGCCCAAAAUGUUGAUGAGGUCUUCAUACUGAUGGCUAAAGAGCUCAUAGCUAGGAAUAGCUUACAGCUUCACGGGGAGAACGGCCUUUCGGACAACAUCCAUCUAGACACCAAGCCAGUGAUUACCUGUCAGGCUGAGAACUCCAACUGCUCAUGUUGAGGAGAUGCUUCCAGGAUUGGAAUUGGCUAGCGUGAUUCCUGAGGCCUCUUCUGUUAUAAGAACCUUCCUUCUAGCCUCAACUUGCCACCGCACUGAUAUAUUUCAGUAGUGCAGUCUUGGCUUUGUGUCAUUCUCCGGAAACAGAUGCUUCUCUUUGUUCUGGAGGUAAAAGGAACUUGCGAUGGUCCAAAGUGGCAAUGCUACUUUUUCAAUUGAUGAACAGAACAUCUCUUGGAAAUCAUGAACUUAACUGGAAAAGAACUGUGAAUACUUUUGAGAGCAGCAGGCUGCCAUCUUUAUGGCUGUAUUGAGAGGUGCCCUAAUGGGCUUCUAUUGGUUUCCACCAGUGGCUGUGGGUAAAAAUGGUGGAUUGACCUGUCAGUCGCUAGUCUAGCCAGCCUUCCCCAACCUGAUGUUCUCCAGAUGUGUCGGAGUACAACUUCUAGUGUCUCCCCAGCCUGGAUGCUUGGUCGUAGUCCAACACAUCUGGAGGGCUCCGGGUUACGGAAGGCAGGACUAGAAUAUCUUUCUUAUAUAUGUUUUAGCUUGAGAGUUUGUGUUCCAUUGAUGGCAAUUUUGCCAUAUUGGAGUAGCUAAACAUUAAACAAUGUUUCUGAUUGUUUGCAUCUUGGCCAACUCCGACCAAACGACCCAUUGCUUUUUGUAGCAAUCUAGGAACUGUGUGAUUGGGUGUCGGCUUACUUAGGAUUCGCCUGAUCUCUCGUUGCCCAUCAACGGCAUGAGUUUAUAGAAAUGUUUA